AUGCUUCGCUUCCGACAAAUUGCCACUUUGAGACUUAAAUCUACUCAAAACGACGUCAACCUGCAGCGGCAACUUAAGCAUUGUAGUAUUAAUGCUUUAAAAUGCACCUAUCAGACGCAAGCUUACCACGUUCCAAAACCGAGUACAAAACGUCCAUUAACUCUGGCCUUUGCAGGCGUCGCAGCGCUUAGCGUUGGCCUUGAAGACCAGAGCGAAGGAGCGACACAAGUUCGCGCAGCUUUCGAGCAUCAACCGAUUCAAAAGUGGCAACUUUUUGACCAAAUUGGCGCCGGUGCUUAUGGCGUCGUACGGCUUGGCAUGCACGAGACUUCAGGUGAAGUUGCAGCUGUCAAGAUUGUAUCACUUGAAAAUCCGGAUUAUAAACGUUCGUACCCAUCACUGGAGCGCGAGAUUGGAGCGCUUAGACUCGUAAAGGCACUGGGAGGGCACGAUAGCAUCAUUGAUCUACGUGACGUGUACGUUGAAGGUAGAAAACUCUUUCUAGUCACUGAGCUUGUCCGUGGCGGGGAGCUCUUUGAACAAAUUGUCGCCUUCGGAUCGUUUUCAGAGAUCAAAGCAAGGGAGGUUGCACGUGAGAUAGCAAGUGCACUAUCGUUUCUGCAUCGGCACGGACUCGUGCAUAAAGACGUGAAACCUGAGAACAUUCUCUUGACUGGACAAGUGGUGGACUCUCAUAGUAAUGAGGUGUUCUAUUCGUCUCGUCCCGAUAAAAAUUCUUGUCUUGUGAAACUUGCGGACUUUGGUAGUGCAGGACCAGCAGAUACUUCAGUUAAUUUAGAUGACGUUGGUACGGCCGCGUAUUUGCCGCCUGAGCUGCUGACGUCUGGCGUCUGCACUAGCGCGUGUGAUAUGUGGGCGCUAGGCUGUGUGCUGUACAUUACAUUGUGUGGAUCACAUCCAUUUGAUUUGGACGGUUUAUCUUCGGACAGUGUCGUGGAGCACCGUGUCAAGACUGAAGCAAUCAACUUUGACUUUGGUCCGUGGGAGAAUUUAUCAUUUGAAGCAAAGGACUUGAUUUCGAAGCUUUUGGUGAAAGACCCGGCGCUGCGUCUUACAGCAGACCAAGUGCUUCAGCACCCAUGGAUUAUUGCGAGCACUGAAGCUACUUCUAUCAGUUGCUUGCCUAAUUCCUUACCGAUUGUAGCGGGUCAGCCAAUUCCAGUGAAUUCUGUCUAA